UUCUCGCUGGUGUUGGUUCACUUUGUUGCUGAGAAACCCGCCGGAAAAAAAAUAAAAUCAAAUACUUUAAACACAUCAAAGUCGCAAUCAGUUCAGGAACUUGUCACAAGCACGCAUACCAUAAGAGGAAGACAUGGCAAACCGUCUGAUAUCAAUCUUCAGCCGUGGUUGGGCUCAGAGACUUCUCCCAACUUCCUCCACUAAACUGGAAUCAGGAAAGGCUAUUUCUGUGGGACUGGGUGGACCGAAUACAGCAGGUUACAGCACCCAAGUUAAGCAAGAAUCUCAUUACUAUGAUGGUGCCUUUGUAGAUGCAUUCCUGAUGAAAAUGAAAAACAACAAAGAGCUUCUUAUGAACAAGAAGAUCUGGUCCCGUAGAUCUACUAUUUUACCGGAAUUCGUUGGCUGCACUGUUCGCAUAUAUAAUGGAAAAACUCAUGUUCGUUGCAAAAUCACUGAAGAAAAGGUCGGUCACAAAUUUGGAGAAUUUGCUAUGACACGGAAACGAAGACUUCCAAUGAAAAAUGCUGCACCACUAAGAAAAGCGAAUAAAACUGGCAAGAAAAAGUGAAGUUCUUGGUGCAUAUGGAAUAUAGCAGUCAAGAAACCAGAAGAUCUCCAUUGCAUUAGAGAAAGUUCUGAUCUAAUAUCUCAUUCACAUUUUUUUAUCUAAUAAGGUCGGGUUUAUACUGAAAUCAAAGGUGCACCACCAUGCGUGGAUGGUCAUUGGUUGGAACUUAUUUUCUAUUUUUCUUGAUGGCUUAAUGGAGGGUAUUACAGAGCUGAUGGAAAGGAAGCAAUCGCUAUAGUUUUCCUGGCGAUGUAGGCAUGUAGCCAUUGUUAUUUGCAUUUACAGUUUUGUACCAAAUUGAUUUACAACGGCUGUGUUACAUAUUUAUACUUGAUAAUUUCUCCCCAAACUGUAAAUUGUGUUGGCAUAGUCAUCAAUGUAGUUGC